AUGGCGAACAAUCUUUUCCAUCAUGAGCUACCUGAUAACCAAACUGAAACUCGUGUUAAGGCAAAUGGAGACGCUACAAAUACACGUCGAUGGAAAUGGUCGGCCAAUGUGGUCCUCAUAGGCACAUCUCAGAGCGGGAAAAGCACUCUGAUUAACAGAUUCAUGACCCUUGCCGUCGGGCCGCAUCCUCUUCCAGACCCAGCCAGGAUUGGCGGUGGCGGGCUCUCGUGCACCACAGAUCCUUUCCUUUAUGAAUUGGAUGUACCCAUGACUGAAUUCAUCCUUGUGGAUGGCCUAAAGGAUAGCCUGGUCGACUCACCAGAUGAUGAACGACACAUCUUCGAUCUUGGUCUAUGGAAACGGAAAGAUCUGCAAGUGCGAGCACGCAAUUCCAAUGCAGACAUCGUCCGUCUCCGUUUGCUCGAUACUCCUGGCCUUGAUGAUAGUGAACCAAAAAAGAAUGCGAAGAAUAUGGAGAAAGUCCUCCAAGCGUUGAACUCCUACGCCCAGUCAACUGAGCUUGAAAAGCGCCACAUUAGCGCUGUCAUCUUUGUUGUCAAAACUGGCAACCCCUUCAAUGACAGUUUACAGAAGUGGUAUCAUCAUUAUCAACGCUGCAUGCCCAAUCUUUUCGGCAGCCUCGCUGUUGUCAACACUUGUUUCAGAUUCAAGGACUGGAAAACCGAAUACAAACAGAUGGCAAUAAACGCCAUUACAUUUGGCGCGGCAGGAUCAGAUAUUUCAUCGCGUGACAAGAAGAUGAAACGGCGCCGCGAAGCUUGGGCCGAAACAUUCAAGUCCGAUCCUACGCACUUUUUUAUUGACAGCAAACCAAGUCGCGACAGCCCUUUCCAGGAAUAUGUGUCAGUGAACACUAUCUACGACAUUCUUCUCUACCUGAGAAGCCAAGGCAAGAUGCCGAUUGAAAAUGUCCGUCUGGUGAAACUUCCUCAAAUGGCCGCUAUUGAUAAGAAAGUGGUAGAGUAUCUUGCCAAGAUACAGAAUUAUUGGGAAAAGGAGAGAGGGGACCUCUUUAAGUCCCUAUCGAAUCAGGAUAGAAGCGAUGCCAGGCACCGGAAGAGCAUUAUAGAGUGGGAAAACGAUAUAAAAAAACUUGAUGAAAACUUGCGUAUCUGGGAUUCGGAUGUCGAGUUCGAUCUCAACACGUACAACCCAACCGCGGUCGUAAGCACGCCAGCCAAGAUAUGGAAGUUUCUCACUUUCUCUGGUCAUGAAAGUACCGUUGAAAUUAGAGAGCAGAUUUUUCCAUUUUGGGUGGAUGCUCCUAACAAUAGCGACACAACAUGGGUGUCAAAACGAGAUGCUUCGCAACCGGGUGAGGCUUGGAAAGGACAGUAUAAGUCCAAAUGGCAAAAGACUCCGAGGGCGUCUCUUCGCUCGUACACGACAAACCGAAAGAAAUACGCCCAAGAAAUCAAAGAUGCCAUGAGUCGCAGAAUUGAGCUGAACAAUGGAAUCAACGAGACCCGGGAUAUCAUCAAAGCCUCAAGAGCACUCUCAUCCCAGUCUCAGGGUGGGACUGAGGAGAACCCACGUGUUACACAACUUACCGAGUUGCUCGCCCAAUCCGAAAGGCUUAUUCGACUACUCCAGGAAGAGGAAGUACCAAUGACCCGGGGAUUUUCUCAGUCCGACAUAAGGCGAUACGGUAAAAGUAUUGAUAAGAUUUGCUAUAGUGAUGUUCUGGAAUUAAUCGAGGAGCAUCAGAUUGAUCUCAAGCCUGCAUUUGAUUAUGCAGUUUCGUGCAUCAAGAGGAGUUCAACCUAG